AUGUCGGGGAAGUAUCUACAGUUUAUGUACUUUGCCUUCUUGUGUUCCGCACACCUUUGCAGUGGUGAUAAAAAUACAUCGGUAGUUUAUGCCGUCAAAAACUGUGUGUUGUCGGAAAAUGCUUCAUUUCUUCAUGGAAUUGUUGGGCAUUUAUUUUCCGAUGAGUCUGACGAAAAAGCGGACUAUUAUUUUAGCGUUUGUGGUUUCAAAACGGAGGAAAAUUCAUCAAUAUCAUUAAAUCAAUCGAUUAUCGCAGUUAGCGAAGCCAGUGUUGUGGAAUUAGGAUCAUUCACUAAUUUUACCGUUUCUAACAAAGGUGAUCGACAUCUGGUAAGGUUCAAUGAUUCAGAAAUUAUAACAGACUUAAUUCUUGGGUGUGGUAGUAUGGCAGCCUUUCAUCUCAUCAGUCAUGAAAACGAUAAGUCCUACAGUUUUGAUUUGUUCCAUCCCAGUCUUUGUUCUGUUCAACAAUCUAUGAAGUACACUUUCACUGUCAUUCUUGUAUGUUGUUUAGCUUUCAUUGUUGGAUAUUGUGUUCUAAGUUCUUUAAUAAAGAGAUGCUUAUAUGGACGAUCGUGGCAUCAGUCUGUUCCAUUCAUCAAUACAUUUGAACAUAUGAAAAGUCGAUUUCAGGACUAUAUUGUUCUUCAUUGUCAUCGUCCACAAAUUCGCCUUGUUGAACCAGUAUAUAUGCCUGUACCGAAUGAUUCACCAGAACGAUUUAAAACUAAAAAAAAUGAAACAAUAUGCGAAAAUUCAUUAGAACAAAAACAGUUAUUACUGUCGAAUUCAGAUGAACAACAAGAUGAUAUAUUAUUGACUCUUUAA